AGAGAGAGAGAGAGAGAGAGAGAGAGAGAGAGAGAGAGAGAGAGAGAGACGCAGAGCGAAACGUGGAAGGAGCCGCGUGUCGCUAUAAAUGCCGAACCUCCGUCGGCCGGCCGUGCAAGUUGUGUCCCGACCGAGCACCGGCUUAUAGUGCUUUUUUCUCUCACUCUCCUGCAGCGCCGAAAACGAGCAUCGCUUCUCUCUAACUCCGACAAACUCGCAGCAGUCGCGAAAAUUCUGAUAAUCAGACCGUUUGGUCGACGUCGACGACGAGUCGAAGGAUAACGAUUUUUUCGUAGCGCAAGAGUAGCAGAGAUACCGACCAGGACAUCGCCAUGACUCUCUCGUUGUUCCCCUACGACUUCGACGAGGUGCGCAUCUUCGACGACAAGCUCGACGAUCUCGAGAUCAUGAGGAAGAUCAUUGCCUUGGAGAAUCUCGAGGAUCCGUUCCACUUGCUGGACGUCGGCGACCUCGUCAGGAAGCACAGGACUUGGGUCGAGAGGAUCCCCAGGGUCGUCCCUCAUUACGCUGUAAAAUGCAACCCGAACCCGACCGUCAUUAAAACUCUCGCCGCUCUCGGCGCCAGCUUCGAUUGCGCUUCAAAGCAAGAGAUAGUGACAGUGAUGGCCUACGGAGUGCCGGCUGACCGGAUCAUUUUCGCCAAUCCCGUGAAGACGCCCACGCAAAUUCGCUACGCCCAGAAGGUCGGCGUUUCCAAAAUGACGGCCGACAGCAUGUGGGAGCUGAGAAAGAUCAGGGAACUCUACCCGGACGCUAAGAUAAUCAUCCGGUUCCGCUGCGACGCCGCCGUCUCGGACUCGUACCUCGGGCAGAAGUUCGGCUGCGACCCGGGCGAGGAAGCUGUCCGGCUGAUCCGCGGCUGCCGCGACCUCGGCCUCGAGCUCCACGGCUUCAGCUUCCACGUGGGCAGCCCCUGCGGCGAGGUGAUGGCCCUGAGCCGGGGCAUCGGCAUCUGCAAGUACCUCAUCGACGUGGCCCGCUCCCUCGGCCACCACAACGUUCAGCUGAUCGACAUCGGCGGCGGCAUCCCCGGCGACAGCGACUUCCUGCUCGACGAGUUCGCAGAGGUGAUCAACGAGGCGGUGCGGGCUAUCGAUCCGACAAUCCGAGUGAUCAGCGAGCCCGGCAGGUACUACGUCACGUCGGCCGUCAAAGCGGUCGCCUAUGUGCACGGCAAGAAGAUCGUCCACGAAGGCAAUCGCAAGAAGUACAUGUACUACGUCACCGACGGCGCCUACGGCUCCUUCCUCGAUGAGCUGAUCCAGCUGAAAGCUCGACUGCCCGACCCCCUCAACAAGAGUCACUCAGUGAACGAGGAGAAGCACUUAUCGACUUUGUGGGGGCCGACCUGCGACUCCUUGGACUGCAUCGCAAAGGACGUGCACUUGCCGGAAUUCCAGGUCGGCGACUGGCUAUACUGGAAAGACAUGGGCGCCUACACGAGCUGCCUUUCCACCAACUUUAAUGGCUUUUCCUGCCCCACCGUCUAUCCGAUGAUGCGAAGGAAGAGUUGGGAUUCCUUCUGCGCCGAGAUCAGGAACAAGGAGAAGAACCAGGUCAUUUUGACGCAAAUCGACGAAAAUGGAAAUCUCAAUUGUGAUAACGACAUCGCUGAACGAAGCGACAACAACUCAAAUUACUCGUGAUGAGCGCACACCGUACGCCGACGUCUUUCUAAGCUUUAUUAUCUAAUGUAUACUGCCUAUUGAUAAGGGCAUUAGCGCGUUUAAGUGCUGCAAAAUGCUGACUUGAAAAAAGGGUAUUACGAAAAAGGACUGUUAUUUAUACGUAUAUAUACGUAUAAACACACACACACAUAUAUAUAUAUAUAUAUAUAUAUAUAUGUGUGUGUGUGUGUGUGUGUAAAUAAGUGUUGUUAAAUGUCAAAUAAAUAUCACAUAUAAUAAAUAGUAUUUUACAUGAUUCAAAAA